AUGGCUUUGCUUAGUUCCCCUAUCGGCUUUGAAGGCUACAAAAAAAGACUCGAAAUCUCCAAUUCUAACGGUGUUGGAGAUGGCCUUCGAUGUUUCACUAGAAAUCAACUCGACAAAAUCCUAGAACCAGCUGAAUGUUGCAUCGUUGAUUCUCUGAGUAAUGAGUUUAUCGACUCCUAUGUUCUAUCAGAGUCGAGCCUUUUUAUCUACUCGCACAAAAUCAUCAUCAAAAUUUGUGGGACGACUAGAUUGCUCCUCUCAAUCCCAAUCAUUCUAGAACUAGCUGAAAACCGGUCUCUUACUGUAACAUCUGUGAGGUACAUGCGUGGUAGCUUCAUAUUCCCAAGUGCUCAACCAUUUUCACACCGAGCUUUUUCUGAAGAAGUCGCCGUUCUAGAUAGCUACUUCAGUAAGCUUGGAUCCGGAAGUGAAGCAUUUGUGAUAGGAAGUAUGCAUAACUCACAAAAAUGGCAUGUUUAUUCAGCCAGUGUGGAUUCCCUUAAUUCUCAUCAGAAUUUCACUGUUGAGAUGUGCAUGACUAGUCUGAACAAAAAACGUGCAUCGGUCUUUUACAAGACGAACCAUUCAGCACGUGAUAUGAUCGAGUCCUCUGGCAUACGAAAAAUCCUUCCGGAGUCCACAAUAUGUGAUUUUGAUUUUGACUGUGGCUAUUCGAUGAAUUCAAUCCAAAACAACAGAAUAUCUACAAUCCAUGUCACACCGGAAGAUAGUUUCAGUUAUGCCAGUUUCGAAGCUGCGGGGUAUGACCUGAAAGAAAUGAAGUUAGAUCAGUUAGUUGACGAAUUUUCCUUAGCUGUUCAUUGUGAUGAUCACGAGGAACUUCUAGAAUCCGACCUAAAGAAUUUGGGUGUUGAUGGAUACUAUACAGGAUGCAAGAAUUAUGAAGACUUUGGAGAUAAUAGCGCGGUGAUUUAUUACCAGUUUGUUAAGGCCAAUGCAUGUGGAUCGCCUAGAUCGAUUUUUAAAUCUUGUUGGAAGGACAGAAAUGAAAGUGAUUCUGGCUCGGAUGUGUCUUCUGCUUGA